AUGUCCAAAGUACCGACCCAGACAUCCACCACCAAGCAUGCUAUCGUUAUAGGUUCGGGUCUCGCUGGGCUCUCAGCAGCCUCACAACUCAUAGCCCACAAAACGCCAGUCUAUCUCCUCGAGCGAUUUGCCAAGCCGGGCGGAAACUCCAUGAAAGCCUCAUCCGGCAUCAACGGCGCGCCCACCAAAUACCAACCUGGUCCUCCGCUCUCAGAUACCAGUUUCUACGAGGACACGGUGAAGUCUGCGGGCGCGGCACUGUCCACGGCUACGAAGCAGAGAGAAACCUUGAUCUCGACACUGACGAAUUCGUCAAGUGAUGCGGUUUCGUGGCUGGUUGAUGAGAAGGGUGUUGAUCUUACCGUCGUUGCACAAUUAGGCGGUCACAGUUUCCCGCGCACGCAUCGGGGCGCGGGACAAACGCCUCCUGGUGCUUCGAUUGUAACGACGCUUUUGAAGAACCUCAACGAGAAUCCGCUGUUCCAUCUUGAGACUUCGUGUGUCGUGACUGAUGUGCUGAAGACUGGAGAUGAAGUCACGGGCGUGAAGUAUACAUGUGGGGAAGAGACAAAGGUCCUGAAUGGUCCAGUUAUCUUCGCUAGUGGUGGAUUUGGUGGCGAUGCAGAGGGCAUGUUAAGUACGUACCGGCCCGACCUCGCCGGCUUCCCAUCAACCAACGAUCCACGUCCCGGAUCUCAGGGCCUACUCACCCAUGUUGGAGCACAGCUUCUCGACAUGGACUUAGUACAAGUUCACCCCACCAGUUUUGUAGAUCCGAAGAAUGUGUUGAGUCCAGCGAAGUUCCUUGCUGCUGAGAUGCUGCGGGGCGAAGGUGGAUUGAUGUUGCGGGAUGGGAAGAGAUUUGUCAAUGAGAUGUUGACGAGGAAAGUUGUUACGGCUGCUGUUACUAGCGUCCCGGCGACAGAUAACCUACCGAAGCAAUGGGAUGUCUUGCUUGUGCUUGACGAAGGUGUAUAUGAGCGUACAGCUUCUCAUGUCGGUUUCUAUCUCUGGAAGGGAUUGAUGCGUAAGACAACGGUUGCGGACCUCGGCGACGGUGCUGUUGCAGGAAUCCAGGCUUAUGCGAAUAUUGUUGCUGGAGCCAGUGUGGACCCGCUAGGUAGAAAUGCUUUCGGUCACUGGAAGCUGCGGGAUGUCUCUCCAGACUCGGUUGUGUACGUAGGCAGGGUGACACCGGCUGUGCAUUUCACGAUGGGUGGGGUAGUGAUUAGUCCUCAAAGUGAGGUGUUGGAUAAAGCAGGUAAUCCGAUCAAGGGCCUUUGGGCUGCUGGAGAGGUGACCGGUGGGAUUCACGGAGAUAAUCGUCUCGGUGGCUCGUCGCUAUUGGAAUGCGUGGUUUUUGGAAGGAAAGCGGGAGACCAAGCCGCAAAGUACUUUGCUGAACAUGCCACUUAA